GUAAGUGACGUACGGGCGGAAAAGGCGGGAGAAGUCCGCCGCUUCCGCGUCCGCGCACGCGUUAAGAAGAGCGUUCGGACGACAAGACAACGACAAAUAUGGACGACAAGUUAAUACAGGCCGUCUUUGACUACCCGCAGCUCUACGACGUCACUUUAGUCAACUACCGCCAAAGGGAAAGUCGAGCGAGCGCCUGGACGAACAUCAGCGUCUCGCUGGGACUCCCGGUGGACGAGUGUAAGAGGAAAUGGAAGAACUUGAGAGACCGCUACUUAAAAGAAGUCCGCCUGGAGGUUCGCAACAAGAAGCAAGGGGAGGCGAGCCGAAGCAAAUGGAGGUACAGACAACGCAUGAACUUCAUCGCUCCGUUUACCGGAUCCAACAGUGGAGUGGCGGAUGUGUGCGAGGACGAGGACGACGACAACAAAGGUGAAACGACGCCCUCGGAGAAGGCCAGGACGCCACCCAUCGCUAAAAGCGCCGGAGGUCAAGCUGACACCAAGUCUCUGGCGGCGCUCAUCAGGAGUCUCCCCUCUCCUGACACCCGCACGGCCAACAUGCCUCCUCAAACGGGCAAAAGCGGGCGAAAACGGCAGCCGGAACAGAACCUUCCCUUAAGCGUGGCGUCGCCGCCAAAAUGGGCGGCGAAAGAAAGCGGCCUGUCGCUUCCCAGCAGGCCUCGGGACGAGGACGAACUGUUCCUGUUGAGCUUCGUCCCUGCGCUCAAGAGACUGGCUCCUCAGAGGAGAUGCGAGACCAAGAUGAAGAUCCAGCAGAUCAUGUACGAGGCGGAGUUCAACAUGGAACAGGUGGAGCGACGGGAGAAGAAGCAUCCCGGCUGAGGCGCUUUGGAAUCUUCCUUCCCAUCCAUUUUCUACCGCUUAUCCCUUUUGGGGUGCUGGAGCCUAUCUCUGCUGCAUUCGGGUGGUGUGGAAAGUCCUGAUGUUGGAAUUUUAACAUUCAUUUUUAGUAAUCCCUACCGGGCUUUGUAGCUUUAUUGCUAAUGAGCUGCAACUUUUGUGCACUUUGUCUACUUACACAUUGGAACUCUGCACUUGUCCGACAUAUUGCAAUGUUUGCCUUACACUCUGGUUCAUUUUUAAAGCACACACAUAGUCGUGGUUUAAGCCCGGGCGCAUCGUUUGCACAAUAAAGAACAUUCUCUACAAACAUUAGACUGUGAAACAAAACCGUCAAAUAUGGCAGAUUAAAGCAUUGUUUGAAAACAAAA